CAAGAAGAAAAAAAACCCAAAAACCUUUCAGUUUCAGCGGCUCUCCCAAAUUUGACCCUGUUGCAAUCCCAUUGGCCCUGAAUCAUCUCUUUCCGAUUACAAAAUUUGAAAGAAAAAUGAUUUUGAUUCGUACUGAAAAAUCCGAAUCAGAGAGAAAAUGACAAAGAAAGUGGGGCAGUUUUGUAGAGAGAGAGAGAGAGAUUGAAGGGCUUUUUAGAGAGAAGCGCGCGUGUGGGUUUUUGAGAGAGAGAGAGGGGCAGCGAUUCUGUUUUCACUCUUCUUCUUCUUCUUCUCCGUUCUUAAGCUUUCUGUGAAGUGGGUGUUGCUGGCCGGCGGCCAUUGUAGUCCUUCUUCUUCUUCUUCUUCUUCUUGUUCUGGUUCUGGUUUUGGUUUUAUCUCCUUCUGCAGUGCGGCGGAGAAACUGGCCGUGGAUUUGUGAUUUUGAGUGGGUUUUUGGAGAUGGGUUCUGCUCGAUUUAGCAGAUGCAGGACCAUGGAAGCUAUCGUCGCCGUUCUAUGCGUCUUGGGACUGAUUUCUCUGUGCUCUGCGACGAGAUUGGAACCAGACUCUCGCCAGAAGCUCGAGGUCCAAAAACAUCUCCGGCGCUUGAACAAGCCCGCUGUCAAAACUAUUGAGAGCCCAGAUGGAGACCUAAUUGACUGUGUUCACAUGUCUCAUCAGCCAGCUUUUGACCAUCCUUUCCUCAAAGACCACAAAAUCCAAAUGAGGCCAACUUACCAUCCAGAAGGGCUGUUUGACGUGAACAAAGUAGAAGAGAAACCCAUAGAAAAGCCAAAUCCAAUCAACCAACUGUGGCAUAUUAAUGGAAAGUGCCCUGAUGGCACCAUCCCCAUUAGAAGAACUAAACAUGAGGAUGUUCUAAGGGCAAGUUCAGUCAAAAGAUAUGGAAGAAAAAAGCAUAGAUCAGGCCCAAUACCCCCUAGGUCUGCUGAGCCUGAUCUCAUCAACCAAAGUGGUCAUCAGCAUGCCAUAGCCUAUGUGGAAGGAGAUAAAUAUUAUGGAGCUAAAGCAACUAUGAAUGUGUGGGAACCUAGCAUACAACAACCUAAUGAGUUUAGCCUAUCACAGCUUUGGAUUUUGGGAGGUUCUUUUGGUGAAGAUCUGAAUAGCAUUGAAGCUGGUUGGCAGGUCAGUCCCGAUCUCUAUGGCGACAACAACACGAGACUCUUCACAUACUGGACGAGUGAUGCAUAUCAAGCUACAGGCUGCUACAACCUCCUCUGCUCAGGCUUUAUUCAGAUCAACAGCGAAAUAGCGAUGGGAGCGAGCAUCUCUCCAGUCUCGGCAUAUCGAAAUUCGCAAUACGAUAUCAGUAUACUUGUCUGGAAGGAUCCAAAAGAGGGGCACUGGUGGAUGCAAUUUGGCAAUGGGUAUGUGAUGGGGUACUGGCCCUCGUUUCUGUUCUCAUACUUGGCAGACAGUGCCUCCAUGAUUGAGUGGGGAGGUGAAGUGGUGAACUCAGAGCCAAACGGGCAGCACACCUCCACUCAGAUGGGCAGUGGGCACUUCCCAGAGGAAGGGUUUGGGAAAGCAAGCUAUUUCAGGAACAUUCAAGUGGUUGAUGGAUCCAACAACCUCAAACCCCCCAAAGGCAUUGGCACCUUCACAGAGCAACCUGAUUGCUAUGAUGUUCAAACUGGCAGCAAUGGAGACUGGGGCCACUUCUUUUACUAUGGAGGCCCUGGGAGAAACCCUAAUUGCCAAUAGAAAUGUAGGGGUUAGGGGAAGUGGGCCCAAGUUUCUUAAAAGCUCGAAAGAAACAGGGCCUUUUGUUAUCACUUGUUGAUGUGGAUUUUAUUAGUUUGUUUAUUGGAUACUCCUCUCUCUUGGAGUUUGCUUUAUUAAUGAAAAAUUAAUUAAUGGGU